AUGAAAGAACAUGGAGAAACUGAAAUUAAAAUAUCAGAGUGUUCAUUUAUCAGUGCAAUGACACUUACACUCAAGAGUGAUGAAAAUAUACCAGAAAAAUACAUUCUUCCUCCAUUGCAACGACCAAACCCGAGGCUCAUGGACCACCCUUCAACCAACCUCCCCCUCAUUGAUCUUUCAUUGUUGAAGGAUCCUUUAUUUAGGUCUCAAACCAUCAAUCAAAUUCAUACAGCUUGCAACAAACUCGGUUUCUUCCAGGUGGUAAACCAUGGGAUUCCUAUUUCCGUAAUGCAAGAUGCUCUAGACAUUGCAAAAGAGUUCUUUCACUUGCCUAGCAAAGAGAAGAUGCAAUUGGCUUCAGCUAAUGUUCGUGAUCCCGUUAGAUAUGGCACUAGUAUGAAUCAUGGGACAGAUAAGAUGUUUUAUUGGAGAGAUUUCAUCAAGCAUUAUGCAAAUCCCAUCUCAGAAUGGAUCCAACUAUGGCCUUCAAACCCUCCAACUUAUAGAGAAAAAAUGGGAAGCUAUGCAAAAGCAGUGCACAUAUUGCAAAAGCAAUUAAUGGCAAUAGUUCUUGAAAACCUAGGCUUAAAUGCAAAUUACAUGCAUGAUGAGAUUGAAGAAGGUUCUCAAGCCAUGACUGUGAACUGCUACCCACCAUGCCCAAAACCAGAUCUUACACUCGGGAUCCCACCACACUCCGAUUAUGGAACCCUAACAAUCCUAAACCAAAACCAACAAGGACUCCAAAUCAUGGACAAAGAUAGAAAAUGGCACUCUGUACCAUUUAUACAAGGAGCAUUAACAGUUCAAUUAGGAGAUCAAAUUGAAGUGAUGAGCAAUGGUAGAUACAAGAGUACUUUUCAUAGAGCAACUGUGAACAACAAGAGGAAUCGAUUGUCAAUUGCUAGUCUUCAUAGUCUGCCAAUAGAGAAGAAGGUAGGGCCCGCACCACAGCUCGUUGAUGAACAGUAUCCCAUAGCCUACAGAGAGGGAAGCUUUGGUGAAUUUCUUGAUCAUAUCUCUAAGAAAUGUCUAUCAGAAACUAGGUACAUAGACACAUUGAAAAUUCUGUGA